UUAGGUGACAGCGACUCACUAUAGCUACUAAAUUUGAGGCAUUGGUAAUCUCUACUUUUCUCUUCGGUUGAGUCUACCCCAACUAUUCUUGGAAAAUAAUGCAAAUGUUAAGAAGGUUAAGAACGUCGAUAAUACUUCAGUAAGAUAUUAAAAAAGUCAGACAUGAUACCAAUACGAUUAUUCUUAAGAUCUAGGACAGGUGUAGGAGGAUCGAUUCAGUGGCUGUACAUAUCCACAAGACGGUGUAACUUCUCUGAUUCCUCUAGUUCCUCGGAUUCUUCUGACUCUGAUAAAGAUGAAAAGCCAUCCGAGACAAACAGAAAACAGAAACUUGACAGCGCUGUUUCUGAUGUAGAAACUAGGUUAAACGAUUUACUAAAUAUGAUGACCAAGGAUAUGAAAGUCACAAAGAGUUUGAAUGUUGCAAUAAGCCCAAGAAAGAAAGCAAUUAAGCGUGCUGAGCAUAGCAUAGACAAUCCCUUUGAACAAAAAUUGAAGUCUGCAGUUGAAUCAGUGGCAACAUCACUGGGUGGAGAUCAAGAGAAAACAAAAAAAGAGUUAUUAAGUAAACUUACAGAUUCCGAUAUUAAUAAGCAACGUAUACCACAAGGAACAAAAGAUUCAAGGGACACACCAUUUAGCAAAGGGAUAUCCAAGGAAUCAGCAGGAUUACCACCGAAGAAAAUCAAUAUAGGUGAAAUGAAUCGAGCAAAAUUGGUUAAAGAAUUACUAGAAGAACAAAGACACCGAUCAAAUAGAUAUAAAGAACCAAUUCAAACUAAUGAUAGGACUACAUUGUCAAGUAGUAGACCCUCGAAGAUAGAAGACAGUGUAUAUGAGUCAAUGGAUCAAAAGGUUGGCUAUCCAGGAAGAUUCCAGCAAAUAACAGAUAAGCUACGACAUGUAGGAAGUAAAUACCAAGGAAGAAUUGUAAUUGAUCAUCUGUAUGGUUUACCAUUAGACAUUUUUACCAAUGACUCUGUUAAAAAUGACAAAUCUCCGAAGCUUUCAACAUGGGAAGCUUUACAAGAGAGUGAAUUGGAUCUUAUGGUAACUCAUCCACCAUCAAAUAUUUUCCAAGAAAUGAUUUUAUGGACCAAGCAAGGAAAACUAUGGAAAUUUCCAAUUGAUAAUGAACAAGGAAUGGAAGAAGAGCACAAUAUACAUUUUUCAGAACACGUUUUCAUGGAAUAUCAUUUAAAAGAUUGGUGCCCUAAAAAAGGACCAAUUCGGCAUUUUAUGGAACUGGUCUGUGUUGGAUUAUCUAAAAAUCCUUAUAUGACUGUUGAGCUUAAGAAAUCUCACAUAAUGUGGUAUCGUGACUACUUUGCAAAAAAACAAGAUUUACUAAAAGAAAUCGGUGCUAUCGAUGCACCAAUACUUACAAGUGACACAAAACAAGUAACAUCUUAGUCACACUAGAUUUGUACACAAUAAAGUGUCAUGUUUUCUGGAAAAUUUGAA